CAGUAUAAAAAUGACUUCUACAUUAAUCAACGUUAAAGUUUAAUAUGACAAAGACAAAUGUCUAAAAAAGGAAGAUGUUGACUAUUUGUUGGAAUGGACUAAUAAACAACAACAUCUUCCUAAAAUCAAUGAAUUGCAAGCAAUUCUUUUUCUUCAUAGUUGCUACUACCGACAAGAACUAGCCAAAACCACAAUUGACAAUUUUUUCACUUUUAAAACACUAUGCUCUGAUAUGUUCACAAACAGGAAUCCAUCAACUUCGAUGCACAAAAUUCUGGAACAUAGCCUUGUUACCAUCUUUCCAAAGAAGACACCAGAGGACUGCAGCAUUAUUUUUAUAAAAUUUGUAGACAGUAACUCCGAUAAUUUUAAUCUUUUGGAUGAACUCAAAUAUAUCAAUAUGGUUUGCAUGUUACAUUUGUACCAAGAAGGACCUUCGGAUGGUUAUUUAAUUUUAGUCGAUUUGAAGGAAAUGAGUUUUGGUCACGUUGUGAAAAUAAGACCUCUCUUGACGAAAAAUUUCUUUUAUUAUUUACAAGAGGCAAUGCCUGUUAGAUUAAAGGGAAUUCAUUUUUUCAAUCCCGUGCCAUUCAUGGACACAUUUUUGUCUCUAGUAAAACCAUUUUUGAAAAAAGAAAUGUUGGACACUUUAUACGUUCACGAGACAAUUGAUGCUUUAACAAAAUUUGUACCAUUGGAAUGUUUGCCUGUAGAUUAUGGUGGAUCAGAAGAAACUGCAGCACAUUUGCAUAAAAAAAUAAGAAACAAAUUAAUUGAAAAUACUGCUGUUUUUGACUGGGAAGAGACAUUAACAGUUGAUGAAAGCAAAAGGAUGAAAGAAUCGAAAAUGAACGAUUUCUUUGGAAUUGAUGGCAGUUUUAAAAAAUUAGAAAUUGAUUAAUAACAUUUUAAAAGGUUUUUUGUUGGUUUCUACGGUUCCCACAAUUAAAUAAUUAAAUAACAAAAAUUGUAGCAGAUUAUGAACACACAAGCAGAUGUCAUCAAUUCUCUGGAAGAUAAACAUUUUGAUAUAAGUCGAUUUAUUUAUGUCACAUUUAUAAGUUGUAAGUUAUUGCUGACUACGGGUUUUAAGAACUUUAUUGUUUUACUCUUUUUUUUAAUAUUACAAGUUCCUGUUUUUCUAUG